UUUUUAGAAAUUUUGCAAAGUUUUCAAGGUCCUUCAACCUUUUUUACUUUUUUUUAGACGCUGCCUCGAUGCUUCCAUUCCCAUAUUCUCCAUUUGCUGCUGCUCAACAUUUAUUUGGAUAUAAUGACCCAAAGUUACUUAAGGAUGCGAAAAAGACGGAAUUCGUUAAAUUUAUGGAUAUUUGUGAACACUUUUUUAUUUCACAUCCAGCAUCUGGACAAAAAGAAGGGCAUGAACUUGAAAGGUUUUUUUAUUUGAAAAGAAUUUUUGGGGGAUCUUGA